AUGACGCAUUGCAUCUUGAAGUCCACACUGAGCUCCUUCAACGCAAUCGGCUUCCGUGUUACACAGGUUCAUAAGCUUCACAAGGCGAUGGAGUACGAUGACGAUAAUGAGUACACCGACAUUGACGCAACAUUGAACAGCGUAAAGCACGAGAGAAGAAUUGUCCUUCUCGUUAUUGACCAGUUCAAUCUGCGGAAUGUGAUGCUGCAAGCGAAUAAACUCAACAUGACGAAUGGGGAGUAUCAGUUCCUUUACACAUACGGAAGGAUAGCGACACAGCAUAUAUUGGAAACAAACUUCGGGAAAGACAGAUUGUGGAGGCGGGGGGACGAAAAUGACGCGUUUGCCAGACAGGCUGUUGAAAAUAUGCUGCUGAACGAUACCAGACCAGAAGCCGACAACGAAAGUCUGCCCAUACUAAAGCCAGAGGUGGGGGAGUAA